GGCGGGGCGCUGUACGCCGGAGCUAUAUGGCCGUAAGGGAGGGAAAUGAGGGGAGGCUAAAGAGGAGAACCGCCGCCGGGAGGAGAGCGGGAGGCCUUUGGAGCUGCCGGGAGGGCGGGCGAGUGGACCCUUCGGGGCCCCGCUUCCCUCUCUCCCCGGUGGGGAAAGGCUCCUGAGGGGGCUGCGCUUCGCAGGACGAGGCCAGCAGCAGCACCAGCAGCACCAGCACCAGCACCUCAGGCUCCGUCGGGACUCGGAGGCGGCUGCGGAGCCGGAGGAGGGGCCGAAUUCUGUGCCUAUGAUCCAGCAUGGUUGGUAGCCCUGUGGACGUGAUACUCUAAUUCUCCCACCCCUAGUUUGGAGGAACUGAGCACUCACAAAAGGGAAUGUUACGGUGGACAGUACAUUUAGAAGGUGGGCCCCGGAGAGUAAACCACGCGGCUGUGGCUGUUGGACACAAAGUCUACUCUUUUGGAGGCUAUUGUUCUGGGGAAGACUAUGAGACACUCCGACAGAUUGAUGUUCAUGUAUUUAAUGCAGUCUCUCUGCGCUGGACCAAACUGCCCCCAGUAUGGACGAAUAGCAAGGACCAUGUGAGGGAAGUUCCCUACAUGAGAUAUGGACAUUCUGCAGUGCUCAUUGAUGAUACCAUCUAUAUCUGGGGAGGCCGCAAUGAUACUGAGGGAGCCUGCAAUGUCCUGUAUGCUUUUGAUGUCAGCACGCACAAAUGGUUUACACCAAAAGUUUCUGGAAUGGUUCCGGGAGCAAGAGAUGGACAUUCAGCUUGUGUCUUGGAAAAGAGCAUGUAUAUCUUUGGAGGUUAUGAACAACUAGCUGAUUGCUUUUCAAAUGAUAUCCACAAACUGGAUAGCAGCAACAUGGUGUGGAGUCUGAUCUGCGCUAAGGGCACACCAGCUCGCUGGAGAGACUUCCACUCAGCCACUAUAAUUGGGACAAAGAUGUAUGUGUUUGGGGGAAGAGCAGAUCGCUUUGGGCCAUUCCACUCCAACAAUGAGAUCUACUGUAAUCGAAUCAAAGUAUUUGACACAGACACAAACUCCUGGCUAGACUCGCCUCCCACUCCCCUCCUCCCUGAAGGCAGAAGAAGCCAUUCAGCAUUUGGCUACAAUGGAGAGUUGUAUAUAUUUGGUGGCUACAACGCACGUCUGAACAGACACUUCCAUGACCUUUGGAAAUUUGAUCCAGUUUCUUUUACCUGGAAGAAAAUUGAUCCCAAAGGGAAAGGACCAUGUCCUCGCCGCAGGCAAUGCUGUUGUAGAGUGGGGGACAAGAUCAUCCUCUUUGGAGGCACCAGCCCAUCCCCAGAAGAAGGUAUGGGAGAUGAAUUUGACCUGAUGGAUCACUCAGACUUGUACAUCUUAGACUUCAGCCCAUCUUAAAAAACACUGUGUAAACUGUCAGUGAUCCAGUACAACCUGGACCAGUCCUGCCUUCCUCAUGAUAUCAGAUGGGAGCUUGCAGCAAUGACAACAAACAGCAACAUCAGCCGGCCAAUCUUCUCCUCCCAUGGAUAACCUGGUCUCCUUCUCCCUCUCCCUUGCACCAAACCCUUGCCUUGCAGACAUUUCCUGUCUCCCUCGCUGUGCAUGAAUGUUUAGCCUAUUGGGGAAAGGGACACUGCUUCACCACAAAGGAUUUCUUUGCUGCCCAGCACUAGGAGGGCUGCCCAUCCUGUUGCCACACCUGCCCAGCUGUAACUUUGUCAAGACCUUGGCCUGAAGGCGGUAUGCACUCAGAACUGGAUGGCACACAUUACAGAGAAGGAAAGCAAGUGCUUUUGCUGUCACUGCUGGAAGCUACAGUUUAUACCAAUCUUUUGGUGUAGUACAACUUGAAUUAAUAGGAACAGAAGAAAAGAAACAAAAAUCUCAGGACUUUCUGGUGUACAACCACCAUAAGCUUCACAUCAUGCAGGCAAACAAAGCAAGAACUUUUUGAAGCUCUACUUCUGUAUGUCGCCAGCCAUUUUGAGUGCCUAGCCCUCAGCAUUCACCUAAGGGCUGAACUGGGUGCCCUGUGUUAAGCCAUGUUCUCUGCUCUGGGCACAGAAACGCAUGCCUGGUCUUUCACAUUUUAGAACUUGGCUGGGUUUGCCCUCCCCAGUAGGCAUCUAGAGGAACUUCAUAUAUGAUGCUCAAGCACUUGCUGCCUUUACAGUCAUUCAUACUUCUCUGAGAUUAGAGUCUUGGCUGGAAUUGGAGGUAAAUGAUGACUGAAUAGCAAGGAGUGGCCAUCCCAUAUCUUGAAAGACGGACUAUCUGUUGGUGCAGGAGGUGUGAAGAUCUGAAAUGCUGCAGCCCAGUUUGGUUUGAAAUGUACAAGCAGCAGCUCUGAAUUUAUAAAUACUGGAGAGGAAAGCCAAACUGAUAAA